UCACAAAUUCAAAUCGUCAAAUUUGGAACUCCCUCUCUUUCUCUGCAGAUCUCUCUCUCUCUCUCUCCUCUCAGUCGAACAAAGAACCCAAAGAAAGAAAUCAACUGAAAAAUGAGAGAGUGCAUCUCCAUCCACAUCGGCCAGGCUGGAAUCCAAGUCGGAAACGCUUGCUGGGAGCUCUACUGCCUCGAACAUGGCAUCCAGCCUGAUGGCCAAAUGCCGAGUGACAAGACCGUCGGUGGCGGAGACGACGCCUUCAACACUUUCUUCAGCGAAACUGGAGCCGGAAAGCACGUCCCCCGUGCUGUGUUCUUGGAUCUUGAGCCCACCGUCAUCGAUGAGGUCAGGACCGGCACUUACCGCCAGCUAUUCCACCCGGAACAGCUCAUCAGCGGCAAGGAAGACGCCGCUAAUAACUUCGCCAGAGGCCACUACACAAUUGGGAAGGAGAUUGUGGAUCUCUGUCUUGAUAGAAUCCGAAAGCUUGCCGACAACUGCACUGGUCUUCAAGGGUUCCUGGUGUUCCACGCUGUUGGAGGUGGGACUGGCUCUGGCCUCGGCUCUCUGCUCCUGGAAAGGCUAUCUGUCGAUUACGGAAAGAAAUCCAAACUCGGGUUCACAGUCUACCCGUCUCCUCAGGUCUCAACCUCUGUCGUUGAGCCAUACAACAGCGUGCUGUCCACUCACUCCCUCUUGGAGCACACCGAUGUGUCGGUUCUCCUCGACAAUGAAGCCAUCUACGACAUCUGCCGCAGGUCUCUCGACAUUGAAAGACCCACUUACACCAACCUCAACAGGCUGGUCUCUCAGGUUAUUUCCUCACUCACCGCUUCUCUGCGUUUUGACGGGGCUCUCAACGUGGACGUGACAGAGUUCCAGACCAAUUUGGUCCCCUACCCAAGAAUCCACUUCAUGCUUUCGUCUUAUGCACCUGUGAUCUCCGCAGAGAAGGCCUACCACGAGCAGCUCUCCGUGGCAGAAAUCACCAACAGCGCCUUUGAGCCAGCGUCUAUGAUGGCAAAAUGUGACCCAAGGCAUGGGAAGUACAUGGCCUGCUGUUUGAUGUACAGGGGAGAUGUGGUUCCGAAAGAUGUCAACGCAGCCGUGGCCACAAUCAAGACCAAGAGGACAAUUCAGUUUGUGGACUGGUGCCCGACUGGGUUCAAGUGCGGCAUCAACUACCAGCCUCCUACUGUUGUUCCUGGUGGUGACUUGGCCAAAGUUCAGAGGGCUGUGUGCAUGAUUUCCAACUCUACUAGUGUUGCCGAAGUGUUUUCGAGGAUUGAUCACAAGUUUGAUCUCAUGUACGCCAAGCGCGCUUUCGUGCAUUGGUAUGUUGGCGAGGGCAUGGAGGAAGGAGAGUUUUCCGAGGCUCGGGAGGACUUGGCGGCGCUAGAGAAGGACUAUGAGGAAGUUGGGCUUGAGUCUGCUGAAGGUGAUGAUGGUGAAGAUGAUGAGUAUUAGGUUGUUGUUGGUUUAGGCUAAAAAGCUGUUGUUAAUGGGUUCCUGCCAAUGGACUCAUUGGUUUAUUGUUUCUCUUGUUGAAGUUUAGUAGUAUUAAUGGAUGCCUUCUGUUGUCA